AUGAGGAACUAUAAAUUAAGAUUGUCAGUUAUGAUCCCAAGUAAAUGGUUUCACAAGCUCAAGAACAUGACCAACCUCAGAAAAAAGAAUCAUCCUCCUUAUUCCUUAAGCACUAUCAAGAAGGAAAACAUUUCCUCUGAGUCUAAAUCUCUUUCUCACUCUUCUUCAAACUCUUACUUCUCGAAUAGAUCACACACUUCUUUAGAAGCUAAGGUCCUUCAAAUUUCACCAAGAAACUCUGUUUACAUGAUGCAGAGCAAAAGAAAGUCUGUUUACAAGCCAUCUCCUGCUUCCUCUUCUUCUGUAUCUGCAGGUUUUAACAAAAACAAGAUCAAAUUUCUUCCAAACCAAGAUUCUUCCGCUGCCUCUUCCAAUUUGAAACUCAGUUCUUCCGCAGAAGAUAUCAUCAUCGACAUGAGAAACAGAGAUUUCAAGAAGAAAAUGUUCAAAGAGAUCAAGGUGUCUGAUUCAAUAAAGAAAGCCUGUCCUGCAAGUAACCGAACCAAGGAAUCACGUAAAAUCCAUCAUCUAUCUGUGAAGGUUAACAAUAAAGAUAAAGUGGAAGAAGAAGCUGCAUGUAGAAUCCAGAAAAAACAUCAGAAAACAUCAGUUUCUAGUGGAAGAAGAUCAUCUGCAAACUCUCCAAGGAUAAAAGUCAGAGUGAGUUCUCCUAGAGUUCAAGUCGCACCUCGUAGAAGCAAAUCGAGAUCGCAGAGCAGACAAGUGAUUAACAGUUUUGCAGUAAUCAAGAGUUCUCUUGAUCCUAAGAAAGAUUUCAGAGAAUCAAUGGUGGAGAUGAUAGCAGAGAACAACAUUAGAUCUUAUAAAGACAUGGAAGAUCUUCUAGCCUGUUACCUUUCCUUGAAUCCCAAGGAGUAUCAAGAUCUUAUCAUCAAGGUUUUCGUUCAAGUUUGGCUUGAAGUCAUAAACUCUACAUUUGCAUCCAAGUAA